CGCCGCUCAUCCUUCAAUCAUGUGAUCCACAUAUCGCGUUCACACGUGUUGACUGGAUCCUCGUGCAACGACUUCUCAGAUAGAAGUUUCACUCAUCGGGAUAUAGCGCUGCUCAUCCUUCAAUCACUGGGUGCGCAUCACGCGGACACACAUGUUGACUGGCUCCUCGAGCAACGAGUUCCCAAAUGGAAGUUUCACUCACCAGGUGAAGUUUAUUCUUCGAUUGAGCUGCUUAUAAAUUGUUGGUAG